AAGGGAAGCAAAGAAAAGCAACUGAGAGGAAAGGGGGAGGUUUUGCCUGAGAGAGGUCAGUGCUCUCCUCUCCUCCUGCCCAGCCUCCUGUUGCCUCCCUUCCCUUGUCUUAGCCCCGGCCAGCCACACUGCCUUCUGCUUUAGUCUCAUGGCCAACUACGAAUUCAGCCCAGUGUCCGGGGAUGAACCCUGCUGCCGGAUCUCUAAGAAAUGCUGGGUCCUCCUCUGCCUUGGUCUCCUUGUCCUGAUCGCCAUCCCGGUGAUCGUAGUCGUAACCCUGAAGUUGGCCCGGAAGCCCGUGGUGUGGAAUGGACCCGGCAGCACGCGCAACCUGUUCCACAUCGUCCUGAGCCGGUGUGACAACUACACGCAGCAGCGUGGACAGCCGGACCUCAGACGUGAAGACUGUCCCGAAAUACGGGAUGCAUUCAAAAAUGCAUUUAUAUCAAAGAAUCCCUGCAGUGUUACAAAAGAAGACUAUGAACCAUUAGUUCGCUUGGUCAAACAAACAGUGCCCUGCAACAAAAGCCUGUUCUGGAGCAAGACGAAGGAGCUGGCGUAUCAAUUUGCCAAGGUGCAUGACAUGUUCAGGCUGGAGGACACACUGCUGGGCCACAUGGCCGACAACCUGAACUGGUGUGGAAACAGCAGCUCUGCUGAAUUGAACUAUGAAAAUUGCCCACGUUGGAGUGAUUGCAAAAAUACAGCUGUCUCAGCGUUCUGGAAGGCGAUUUCCCAAAAGUUUGCAGAGUCUGCCUGUGGUGAGGUCCAUGUGGUGCUCAACGGGUCCUUAGAUGAACCAUUCAGUAAAAAAAGCGUUUUUGGAAGUGUGGAAGUUUUUCAUUUUGAUCCAAAGAAAGUCAAUAAAUUACAGGCCUGGGUGAUUCACGACAUCGGACAAACCUACAGGGAGUUAUGCGAAAGUUCCUCCCUCAGAGAACUGAAGUCAAUUGUGGAGGCACAGAAAAUCAAAUUUCACUGCAAGGAUACUGCAGGCCUGCCAGAUUCAUUAAAUGCAUGAAAAUCCUAAUCAUUCGUCUGUGCAUUUAAGAUCUGAGCUACAGCUGUGUUAGAUCUUGGACAGCUUGUGGUACACAAGACUCAGCAACACACCAGUGAGAGCUGCCAGCCUGGGGGAGCCCUCAGUCCAAAAGGACAACACCAGAGACAGAAGCUCUGCUCUCACAGUACUGAGAUAGCUUAUGUUGUCAGCAUAGCUUUUUCUUGUGUUCUGCUAGUAUUCAACAAAAAAAUUGUGCAAAAAUUAGAAUGAAAAUUUUAUAUUGGUAUUUUUUAACUUUCAUGUUUUGCUUUUAUGUGCUUUAUAUGUUGGUACCUUCUUUUCAGCCGUGCUAGGGACUAAACCAGGGUCUCAUGCGAGCCACUGCUGUACUACACAGCUACACCCCAGUCCAGCUGGGAGCAUCCUUUCUGUAGAAAAAUGACCACACCAUAUUUCUCUGUAACACAAGAAGAUGAGGCAAAUAAAAUGCUCAAACUUUUCAGAAGACAGUAGAAUCUACACAACCAUCUUUAUCUCACGGUCUAUUUUUGUGCCCUUCCAAGGCCUAAAGUCACACAAUUAGUAUCAAGGUAGAAGCUGGAUUGGAACUCAGCUCUGUCCAGCUCCAAAAUCUGGGGAGUCUCCCCUUCAAGGCACAGAACACUAAGCUAACAGCAUGUUAUGUCCUCCAGCAAAUGUGUGCUAGGUGAAAUUAAGCACAAUACAUUCUAGAAUGUGAUUUUUCCAGAUGACACCAAAACAAAUUCAUUUUUUCCUCCUCAUGUUCAGUGUCUUACAGAGUCAGCUGUCAAAAUGUAUUUGAUACUCAUACUGGCUGUUUACAUUUUAUUCCUCUUUUUUCUUACAUUAGUCUUUCUUGAGAUCUAUUCAUUUUAUCAGUUUUUAAAAGAAUCAACAUUUAGCUUUGUUGAUUUUUUUUCUAUGUACAUGCCUUUUGCUCUUUAUUUUUAGAAAUACAAAAAUUUCUUCUAAUUCCUCUGAGUGUCUUUACUCAGUUUCUUGAGAUAAAAGCUCAGGUAUUGAAUUUUGAGCCUGUUUUCUGCCCUUUUACACACUUUUUUGGACUAUAAAUUUUCCUCUGAGCCCUGCGUUAGCUGCAGUUCUUAGAUUUCAUUGUCUUUUUGGACUAUCAUUCUGACAGAAGUGUUUUCUGAUUUCAUUGUUAUGAAGACAUAUUUUUCUGGAGAUUUAUUAUAUUUUUUGAAAACAGAUGUGUUGAAUGAGAAUUAAUAAAUGAAGUAAAAUCUU